GAACGAAAACAAAACAUUUGUCAGUCAAACAUUGCUCUCGUUUAAUACAAAAUCGAAGUGCUUUAAACCCUCAAGAAAGGAAUUAUUUUUACUCUCAAUAGUCGCAAACUCGAGUUUCGUAAAAUAAUCGACGCAUAAAUUCCCCAGAAGGCAACACUCGAGAUUUUCUUGUCGCAGUUUCUCAUUCUCUGUGAUCACUUUUUGCUAGACUUUUUAUUUUUCUUUGGUGUCUCAUUUGCUUGAGUUUUAAUUCACCUGCACGUUCGUCGUUUUCCUGCAAUAUAAAUCGGAAAAUAUGGAGACAAUAUUUUUUGAAAAGCAAGAGGGAUCAUUGUGUGCACAGCACUGCCUGAAUGCGCUUCUUCAAGGUCCAUACUUCACCGCCGUUGACCUCGCCACCCUGGCCAACAACCUCGAUGAAGCUGAGAGACAACGAAUGGCCGAGAGUGGUGUCGACUCUGACGAAUAUCGUCACUUCAUAGAACAACCGUCAGGAAACAUGGAUGACAGUGGUUUCUUUUCUGUGCAAGUUUUGAGCCAAGCGCUGCAGGUUUGGUCGCUCGACCUCAUCCCCUACAACAGCCAGCAACCUGAGGCUCUUCUCGCCCAAGGUGCUCCCCAAACAAUGCAAGCUUACGUGUGCAAUUACCGCGAGCACUGGUUUACAUUGAGAAAAAUAGGCCAUCAAUGGUUCAACCUGAAUUCAGUUCAGUCUCAUCCGUCACACAUAACAGAAACUUACUUGUCCCUUUACCUGAAGCAACUUCAACAGGAAGGCUAUUCCAUCUUUAUUGUGCGAGGAACACUUCCCGAGUGCGUUGCCGAUGAAGCUCUUCUGUUGAAUCCGUAUGUGCCAAGUAGCAGCUCUACUAACGCGCCGAGGCGAGUUCGCAGCCAAAGUGAGGAAGAGGACGAAGAACUGAAGCGAGUCUUGCAGAUGAGCCUUGAAGAGACUGACAUCCCCCUAGUGGUUGAAGGAGUUCCAGUCCAAAAGAGCAGCAGUGGAGACAGUGACCUUCAGCGUGCCUUGGCACUGAGCCUGGGCGCAGACAAGACUGAGCCCUCCCCUGAUGCAGCAGGUGCCCAACAACAACAACAGCAGCAGCCUCUGGACCCUGAGGAGGUGAGACGGAAACGAUUGGCUUAUCUGGACAAACAGAAGCCAGAGUAAACAAGGAGCUGAGCAGUGCUGCAUUAUUGUGAUGAGUGCUUCCCUAUUUCUUUGCUUCUAAAUCGGUUUCUAAUCUUUCGAAAAAGUGGCGAAAACAUUAUCAAAAGAAAAAUUGGAGAUUGCAUGUAAUACCGCCUUGCAGAAGUUGUAGUUUUUCACUGACUAAUUAAUUUAUAUUCUCUGUUACUCAUGCAAGUUAGAAAAAUCCGAUACUGUUGAUGUUUGUUAAAUAAGGAAUUAAAAGAUAAAACGUAUAUAUUUACAAGUUGUAUUUUGACC